GUGGAACUAUGGCAGAGUCCCCAGGCCCCACCAGAAAGCCAUACUUUCCUGGCUCGUCUGAUCUGGCGGGGUACAACCGGCACCUAACGGAGAGCCUGGGUAGGUUGACAGACCCCAGUGAGUUUGAUGCCUUCACCCUGUUCCCGGAAGGGGAUGGGAAACCUCCGCGAGAAUCACCAAGUUUUGUGUGGCAAGAUUUCUCCAGCCUAACCACCCCGCCACCACCACCUCAGUGCAUCAGUCCGCCUGGGGUGGAGUUCAGUCCUAGAGGCGCACCAACCUUUCUGCCUCCAUCAUAUGAGGAUUACUUAAAGGGGAGUGCCCAGGAAUUCUCUCCCCCUGUUAGUCCAUUAAGCUCAGAGUUAUCUCCCCCUGUUAGACCUCUCAGUCCUAGCUAUACAGCUCAUAAUGGUUUCAGCCCGCGACAUUAUACUGAAGAGAAGGACUUCACUCAUGUUUCUGAGUUGGCAGAUUCAAGCCAGCAAGGAUAUGACAUCUACUCUAUGCCCAUAGAAGACUGGAAUAAUUUCUCUCCGUACAGCCCUUUUGGCACCCUAGAGAACGUAGGUUACAGCCAGGUCUCUGACAAAGACUCGGCUAAUAAACCCAGCUACAGUGAGGUUAUCCGCUCUUCUAGAGCUAAGCUAUCACAAUCAGGGAAAGCUGAUGCUGACUGCGGGAAAAGGAAGCCUGAUUUCAUAAUAAAACCUCCCAGACAGGUGAAAAAGUCAUUCUCUAAGCAUUACCAUUCAAAGGGGAAAACUGGUAGGCCUGAAGCCCCAAGUCUACCCGUCCAUCCAGAUUCUAAGUACGGACUAGAUCAGUUUGAGGACCCGACUGUAAUGAGGAAGAACUCUAGCAGCUGUAGCGGGAGCCUGCACGAAAAAACCAGCAGUGCUGAGAGUCUGAUUCAGCUGACGCGUCAGGAGAGCACUAGUAGUGUUAGCAGUGGGGCUAGUGCUGGGGAUGAUUUAAAGUCACACACUGGUUCUACUGGCUCACCUGUCAUGACCUCUAAAAUGACGUCUCAGGAGCACCCGUCCAGUCCUUUGUCAACAACUGAAAACAGUGUUCAGGACUCCAAAAACAAGGGAGGUAAGUCAUGUCAGACUACCUCCCCUGCAAGAACAACCAAUGUCAGCUGCUCAGCAGAAGGCAGUGUAAAAGGACCAGCCACCCCAUUUUUUGAUCCAAAGCGAAUCUUCCAAAGUAGACCUAGCAGCGGUUCAAAGAAAAGCUCAUCUGGGUUGAAUUCUAGUCAAGUGGGAGGGAGUACAACAGUUCUUAAUAAUGGAAAACUAAGCUAUGCCCCGAAGUCAUCGACUAAUGUGAACAAGCGAACAUCGGACUACAUAAACAAUGACCUGAGGGACACCAGGAAAAGCAGUAACAGUGGUUGCUCUGCUAAAAAAGAACACGAAAGUAGUGUGGGGAAAAGUAUUAAAGAUGAACCAUCGUGCCAUGGAAAGCAUUUCAACAAAUAUGACAAGUCUAAAGGUGUUUACAGCCGACAGUCUGGUAAGCUGAAGUCUCAUAAUGCCAAUUCAGAUGGGCCUGCCUCAUCUUCAUCGUCGCCUAGUGGUCAGCCUGCAGGUCAUCGUGCCAGUACACAGGACAGUCCAAGCAGAGGACACAACAUAGACCAGGAACUCAUUGAUGAAUGGUUGACGUACGGUCAGGAGAAAGCACGCUGGUUGUGCCAUCAGUCUUGGUCAUUUCUGGUCACCAUUGUUGUCCUGCUGAUUACGCUUGUAGCGUUCGUUGUUUCUAGUUUGUCCGUAUUGGUUGCAAAAUUGGUGAAUUGGACAAGGGAAUUAGUGCAGAGAAAGCUGUUUGGACUUGAAGGUAGUAAGUCUGGGGACUCAAGGCAGAAACUGGGACUGGAGGAAAACAUUACAUUACCUACAACAGGGGAUGAAGCUAUGCAGAGGCUUUUGGCAUGUAAGGGGAAAGAUCCGUACAGUAUUUUAGGUUUACAUUAUGAAGCUACCGAAGAUGAAAUAAAGAAGUACUAUAAACGGCAAGCUGUUCUUGUUCACCCAGAUAAAGAAUCAACACCUGGUGCUGAAGAGGCCUUUAAGAUUUUAGGACAUGCUUUUGAACUGAUCGGAGAACCGUAAGAUAAGAGAAGACAGUAUAACAGUCAAGUCCACGAAGCUCAUGACGCUGAAACUGCUAUGGUAAAGUUUGCUGAUCUGCUGACAAUCCAGGAAAAGAUUCAAGAGGCAGCUAACAUGAUGCGGUGUGACAACUGUGGAGGAAAGCAUAGACGGCUGCCGGUUGACCGUGCCUGGUACAGUGCGCGAUUCUGUGAUAGAUGUUGUCAGAGUCACUCGGCCAAAGAGGGUGACAUCUGGGCAGAAACUUCAAUGUUAGGAUUCAAAUGGCACUACUAUGCAUGUAUGGAAGGGAAAGUUUUUGACAUUACUGAAUGGGUAGCUUGUCGGAGAGAAUUUUUCAAACAUAUGCAAGCCAAUGCUCAUCACGUGUUCUACAGAAUUGCCACUGAGGGAAACUGGGGACAUCAACACGGACGACCAGGGGAGAAUAAUCUGGAAGAGUUCAUCAACCACCUAGUCCAUCGUGCAAUGGGUUCUGAGGGUGGGGAGAAUUCCCCCUGGGGGCAACAGAAACACGGGGGGUCAGGACAGACUGGCUGGAACAGCAAGGACGGCAACGCAAGACGCAAGAGGAAGAAGAAGAAGCACUAGUCCUUCACUGUCAGCAAUGUUUUCGGGCUCUAGUCUGUGGUCGUAGCCUGAACUAUGUCAUGUGCUCUGCAAUGAUGCCUCAGUGUGAAUGUCAGAUGUACAGGUCCUGGUGAGACAGGAUGCUUUCACAUUACGCUUAACAUCCGUGCCGCUUUGGGAAUUUGUCACGGUCAGAGUUGAUUCACAAUUGAAUUGGCACACAGCUUAUGGCAUGGUCUUUCCACAGCAGCUAGCGCCAAAGCGUUUUGUGCAGCGCAUCUGAUGAUAAGAAAGCUGUGCCUUCAUUAUGUCUUCACAUGCAAUUGCCCUGAUUUCGGGAUUGCAGCUGCCAAUUUCACUUAGCCUUAGUAAGUGUCGGUCGUUCUUUUGUUGUUGUUUUGGAGUUUGUUUUUGGUAUGUUGUUUUUUUGGGGGGUUUUUUUUCAGCCGUUAGAAGUGACUGUUUUCUAAACACAAUAAGUCUGUCUGUUUUCACUGUUCUUUGUCAAACAAAUAGCAGUGAAAUUUGGACUUGCAGAAUAGACCAAGCUCAGUUUCUUUUUUUUUUUUUUUCCUUUUUUUCUAUUCCCACAUUGGUGUUGAAUGCUUUUGUGUAAAUUAUGAAUCACCCAUCUAUAACACAGCUUCCUGAAUGUUUUCAGGAGAUUAUUGUGUAUGUUAUUUAAGCUUUACAAUGACCUCUAGUUAAAAACUUUCAAGGGACAUGAACCUUGUCAGUACUUACAGGUAGCGUUCUGAUUACAAUUUUGACUCGCACAGGGGACCAUUAACAUUUCAAAUAUGUAGAGUUUUGUGACAAAAACUUUGAAAUUGAUAAACUUGACUUCAACAGAAUUUCUGGAGUACCAGUCCAUCUCUGUCAAACUUGAACUUUUGUAUGAUCAGUUGAAACAUUCUGUGUGGGAAAUAUUUUUAAACAUUGCUACUUGAAAAAGUCACAUACUUUUGUAACUAAUUAUGCUCCCAAACACACAUAUCUGUACUUUUAAGGUCAGUUGGCUAUAUCAUAAUUUCACCAGUGGGUCCUGUUCAUGCUGGUGUGAAAGCCCAACCAUCUUCAUGCAUGUAAUGUACACACAAUGUCAAAUAUACCAGCAUUUUGAGUUACCAAUGAAAUCUAUAUUGCCAUUGUGUUUUUUUUUUGUUUUUUUUUUAAUGUUGGACGAGUAUCAUGAUGCUCGUAAGUCUCCUCUUAAUAUAACAUGAUUUCUGCAAAGCAGCAGAUUCACAUUCUGGAUAAGUGAAGGUUUAUGCACUGGUAGUGGAAUGUCAAAAACCUACUGAAGGUGUGCUUGUUGUGGGCUAGUGGUGAGCUAUUGGUAUGCCACUGAGGGACAUGUGGCUGAAGUUUCACUAGCAUUAAACUGGUAAGGGAAAAAAAGUAUGCACUGCAAAAAAAUAAAAAUUAUCAGUUCACGAAAAAUUGAAGCUUUGUGAAUAUAUAUUCCAUUUAAUUCUCUGAAAGUUACAGAUCGUUGUCACUGCUUGUGUCGGCAUCAUGUGACUCAAAAAUUGUUAAGCAUGCUUGUUAGCGUCGCCUUGUAUCAGUUGGAGAGCAAUUUGAAUGUACCAGUAGCAAUAACCAGCUUUGUUCUUAAGUUUUUGGUGAUUUUUGAAUUGCUAUGAACAUGUACAGUGCAGCGGCAGAUAUACUCAUGGGCCUGGUUGUUCAAACUGUCUUAAGAUUUCAUAUCAGAUUUAACUUUACACCAAGUCUUCAGUUUUGUACUUGGCCAGUAAAAAAUUGUGUACCAGUAACAGUAUAUUAAAUACAAACUAAAUCUACUACUGUUCCAUUUCAUCUUGGCACAGCUGCAUUGGUUACUAGGUUUUGUUUAGAUCGUAAAUAUAUGAUAUGACUUAAUACCAGUAUAAGCUAAUACACACCAUUGAACAACUGGGCCCUGGGAAUAUUUACACAGUA